AUGAGGAGAGUUAAAAUGAAUGUGUUGCCUCAAGCAAUUCUACAAAGCCCAGGGGAGCAUCCCAGGUUCAUAGAGCAGACUGUUUGCCCCUCAUUAGACUUUGCAAGGAUUCAUUUGAUCAAAGACAAAGAUGGCAUAGAUGAUUAUUUGGCGAAGAAUAUCAAAGGGUUGUCAAAGCAAGAAGCUGCUGCUAACAGGAAUUCAUACAAGAAGAACAUCUGCAUCGACAUGCUGCGACAGGGUUAUCACGAGUCCUUCUCCGAGCUCUUCACUCUGAUACAGAAGUGGAAUGCCUUGAGGGAGGCUGCAGGGCCUGGGUCAGCCAUAUGGCAGCAGAAGUCCCUGGAGGAGCAGCCUGAUAAGCUGGAUCAGCUUUACCACUUCCUGACCAGGGCUGAGGCAGCCCAGCGAGCAGGGCGUUAUGAGGAGGUGUACGAUAACCAGCUUAACUUGGCCUACUGUUUCAAUGACCCUGACGACAAAUGGUUAAGUGAUUACUUUUAUGAGCAAUGCUUUAACACUGCUCAACUAAUAAAAAUUGAUGGUGGGAAAAGAGAGGCACAAGCACAUGCAAAUAUGGGCUUCAUCAAUGAGGAACAAGGUUAUGUCAUGAAAGCUGCUGAGCAUUAUGAAGCGUUUUAUCAGCUAACAGAGGGUUCAACAUGGAAGGAUGAGAAAGGCCAUACUUACAAUUCACUGGCAUGUGAGCAUCUCUGGAGAAUUUAUACAUUACUAGCAGACAAAAUGCUAGAAAAUAAAGAACACCAACAGGCUAUCAAAACACUAAUAAAAGCUUUAAAAAUGGCAAAAGAAGGAGGCAAUGUGAAGAUGGAAGGAGAAGCUGCAUAUUGCUUAAGUUUAGCAUAUCAUUUUGCUGGAGAACAACAGACAGCAUUAUCAAUGUUGAACACCUCUGUAAAAAUCUUCACAGCACUUUGCGAUUCUGCUGGCCUAGGCAGAGCAUAUGCAGCUAUAGCCGAGAUCCUGGUAAGUCAGGGAAGAGCAGCUGAAACUAUUAAGUACUUGGGAGAGUUUAUGAAGGUUGCGGAGAACGCUCACCUAAACCAAAGCGUCGUGGAUGCACGUGUAUUGCUUGGGAAUAUUUACAAUGAAAGAGGGAACUAUAACGAAGCUUUUGAAUAUUUCAGUCAGGCUUCUGAGGCAGCAAAAACUUCAAAUAAUUUGCCCUUAGUGGAUGAAAUAAAGACUUAUUGUGGCAUUGCAAAGGCUCAUAAACUGAUGGUGGCAUUUAACAGCCAUAUAGAAGCAGAAGAUCCCAUCAACCUCAAGUACCUGCUGGCAUGGAAGGAGAACAGAAGUGACAUGUGCACUGACCCUCUUACAGUCG